UCAAACUGAAAUUGAAGCCUCUUCAGGAAAAGCUGAGAGACUUUGAAAGUGUCAAAGUGAAAUGUGAGCAAAUGGCACAGCAUAUUGAGCUUCAGGGUGACCACACAGAGGCCAUCAUGAAGCAGGAGUUUGAGAAGCUCCACCAGUUUCUGAGAGAUGAGGAGGCGGCCAGGAUAGUGGAGCUGAGGACGGAGGAGUUGCAGAAGAUUCGCACACUGAGGGAGAAGAUCGAGAACAUUACCAGAGACAUAGCGUCUCUAACUGACAUUAUAAGUGCCAUUGAGGAGACCAUGGCAGGAGAUGAUAUCUCAUUCCUGCAGAACUACCACAAGAUUGAAGAGAAGGUCCAAUGUACACUGCAGAACCCAGAGCCAACUUCUGCAGCCCUCAUACAGGUGUCCCAGCACCUGGGGAACCUCAAGUUCAACGUCUGGGAGAAGAUGCAGAACAUUGCCAAUUAUACUCCUGUGAUUUUGGACCCCAACACAGCUCACUGCCGUCUAUCUCUGUCAAAUGACCUGACCACCGUGAGGUUCUCUGAGACAUCUAUGGGCGGCCCUCCCGGUCCAGACAGGUUUGACUCCAGUGCUGUGGUGCUGGGCUCGGAGAGCUUCUGCUCAGGGUCUCACAGCUGGGACGUGAAGGUUGGGGAGAGCAGCAACUGGGCCCUUGGGGUAAUGGCCGAGUCCACACCAAGGAGAGGCAACCUCACCUCUGGAUCGGGCCUGUGGAGGAUCUGGUACUACAACGGACAGUACCGAGUCGGGUCCACACCGGGAGCACCCGUUCUCCUGACUGUGGAGCAGAAGCCGCAGAGGAUCCGAGUGCAGCUGGACUGGGAUUUGGGACAACUGUCCUUCUUUGAUCCUGUCCAUGACGUACACCUGCACACUAUUGAUUACACUUUCACUGAGAGAGUUUUUCCUUUCAUCAACGUCACAUGUGAAGUGUCUCCACUGAAAAUUAUGCCUUUGAAAACGUCUGUUACGGUUAUGCAUCAUCAUGCAUAUCUUUGAACCAAUAGAAAACACAAGCUAUGGAAAAUAUUAAAAUGUUUAUUUGUAGGCCUAUCUUCAUUCUAGUGGCAGCAUCUUUAUUUGAAUUUUUUUUUUUUUGUAAUUUACAUUUUUAUUGAUUUUUCUUUUUCCUUAAAGCACAAGUGUUCUCCACAUAAGGAGAAGAAAAACAAAGAAAUGUAACCACAUGGAACCAGGGGAUUUACACAAAGACAAUGAGUAUAUCCAUUCUGAGGAGGAAAAUAAAAACAAGAUCUUUAAAUAAAAUCUGGUCUCUUACGUGCCACAAAGUAAAGCCAUAUCAUCCAGUCAUGAUUAAACUUAUCUUGUUGGUUUUUCAUUACAAAGGUAAUCCUUUCCAUUUUAAACACUUCGUACACCACAUCUAUCCAUUCAUUUAUACUAAGUGGGUCUUUUUGAAGCCACCUCCUUGUUAUGGCCUUCUUUGCUGCCACCAGCAAAACCCUCAGCAGAUAUUUCACCACUUUACCACAGUCCAGGUCUUCAAGAUCGCACAAGUACAUGGUUUUAAAGUCCAGGUUGAUUUCCAUGCGUAAUGCCU